CAACCGGCCCGGCUCCCGAGCCGGGACGAGCCGGGACCCGCCGCUGCCGGUCUUCCUUCCCUCGCGGCCCGCAGGAGCGUCUGGGUGGCCGUGACCACAUCCUCGCCCCGGGGAAAAUUCCCUAGGACACUUCGCGAGAAACAAAGCUGUGGAAGGAAGCAACCUUCAGGGCGGGAAGAAGAUGCUAAAAACUAUAAGCAAUCAGCCCAGUAAUGGAUUUCUGUCAGGAGAGUGAAACUGUUUUAGAAAAUAAUGAAAAUAAGAAAAUUGAAGACACAGAAGAAACUGUACUGACUUUAAGUUGUCCAGAUGAGAGAAGCGAAAGGAAUCACGUUUGCUGUCUUCUCAGUAUCAGUGAUCUCACGCUGAACGAGGAUGAGCGGGCCAGCGAGUUUGCCAUCAACACUGGAUGGGAGGAAGCUGUCCAUGGCUGGGGAAGGACCUCACCAACUGCCUGCAUCUGGUCAAGGAAGAGAGUGAAAAGGGGGAGGGUAGGAGAAGGCACCAGUGGUGGCAGCAACUGCUUGUUGUGCAUGAGUCUUUCCCAAGGGAGUCCUGAGGCCCGGUCCCUGUUAGAGGGUGGGAAAUCGGAAGUGGCUGCUGUGGUUGAGGUGAGCCCUCAGAAGAGCUGGAGCAACCCCUCCCAAGGUCCCAGCACUGCUUCCAAAGAGCCCAGCAAACCCUGCUUUCCUACACACUUGAAUGGAGAAAAAAAAAGCCUGCAAACCAAGGAGUUUAUCUGGUGCAUGGAGGAAUGGGCAUUUCCCGAGACAGUUAGCAGCAAGGACUGUAGGAACCCCAGCAGAAUCACCGACCAGGGGCUCUCCAUCUCCAGUUCCCUUGCUUCCAAUGCCCUUGUGGUUCUGCCCCCACUGAAAAUAUCUCCCCCGAACAACUUGGAUGUUCUGAAUAAGAAAAGCAAGAAUGUUUUCUGGCAGCCAGAAGAAAAGGUGUUGCGGGUGGGAAAGGAUGAGAGUGUAGCUUGUACAGAUGGACUGAAAACAGUAGAUGGGAAAGGUGAAAAAAACUUGGACCUGGCCAGCCGCCUGAAGGUCACCAACAUUCUGCCUUUCCCUACCCCUGUGGCCCGGACCCACCUACUGGCAACUGAGUCUCAAGGGUGCUGCAUGCGCUGGUCUGUCCUUCCCCCGAAGAGCUCUCUGUACUCACACAAUCCCACCAACAUCCACUAUCUUGCCACCCUGCAGGUUUUGCAUAAACAAGGAGUGCAAAGCUACAGAACCAGUCUCAAAGCCAAGGAACCCAAAGCACCCAGGAGGCACAUUCUCACAGAGGCCAAGCAACACAGGCACCAACCGCUAGUGAACAAAGUGUUCCCCAAACCUCUCCUGCCAUCUCUCACAGUGAGCAGGGUUAUCAUCCCAGUCUCUACUCAUAGAGUUCUCUGAUUUUCCACAAUAUAAUUUCCUGAGAGUACGUGCUGCCUGAAACUCAUUUGUCCCACUUCCUGUCUUCCACUCCCUCUCCUUUUCUAUCCCAUCCUUCAGUCAUUCUUUCCUUUCUCUUCCGUUCUCUGUUCUGUCCACUCUUCACCUCAUUCUUUUUCUAUCUUUGUAAUGGGUUUGGGUUCAUUCUCAAAAACACCAUAUUGAGGCGGUGUGGUGACACACACCUAUAAAUCCUAGCAUUUGUGAGACUGAGGCAGGGGGAUGUCAAAUUCAAGACUAGCCUGGGCUGUACAAGAAGAUCCUGUUUUGUUUUCUGAGAAAAAAACAAGAACCCACUGGAUUCAUGUUACCUGCUUCUGCUGCUAAGCCAUUUACAGACUGUAAGUUGGGUCGGGUCAGCCUAGGUUGGCCUUCUUGCCCAGUGGCUCCCAUUGUGGGAGGUGGAACAUUGAAAAGGCACUCUGCUGCUCUCUAGCCCCAGAGCCACCUGACUGGUCUUCUGCCCACAGCGAUGCCCCCACAGCAGUGCCUAAGCUUACUUAGUGCAUGGUCAGCUUAGAAAGACACCGGCUUCUCUUUUGACCCAGGCAGUUAUUGCUGCCUUGUUUCUCUCAAUAAAGAUGUGAAAUACUUGAUGAAUGGGAAAAUCCCAGCUGUAUCCAAGUAGAUAUACCAAAGUCCAAGGUGCCAUAUCUUUGUACUACAACCAAAGACAUACUGUCCAGCGCCUCCUGUGCCUACGUGGUUACACCCUCAUACUGCAGCCUCAAGCAUCUCUGCAACUGGAAGGCAGUCACAGAUUAAUAAAUUCUAGCCUGAGGAGCAGGUUAGGAAUAUUGGUUGUUUGGGGAGAAACACUGAUGACUAUGACCUGACCUGACCUCCCUGCUCCAGCCUUACCUUGCCUCUGAUACUUGGGAACCCUCAGCCGUUAGACACUUAGGGAAUGAGGCUGUUGCUUUCCCCCUUCUGUCUUCCCUGUUUUCAGCUCAUUUUCACCAGUUCGUAGCACCAUGCAUAGUAUAUUACAUGUAAAUGAAUCAUAUUUUGAUGCCAAAUGGUAUUGCUAUGUGGACAGAUGCUCCAACCAUUUUUGUGCUAUCCGUAAUCAUUAAACUGCUUUGUGAUUACAUAAUUUUAAUUGCUUAGAGUAGGCUGUACUUGAACUCUUAGAUUUUUCCAUCUUCUCAGUGAUGACAAUAUUACUGUAGACAUCUGCUCUACACACUUGGUCUUUAACAUUUUGUCUGUUAGCCUAGGUUCUUUUGUUUUCAUUGUUCCUGGUGUUUUGGUUUUGUCUAACUCAGACUGGCCUUGAGGUGGCUUUGAAUUUGUCUUGCCUCAGCCUUCCAAGUGCUUAGAUUAUAGGCAUGUGCUACCACAUUUCUAAGCCUUUUUUGAAAAACUAAAAUGCUAGCCAAUAAUUGUUUAAGCCUGCAGUCUCAACAUCCAGAAAACCAAAACAAAGCCUAACAAACCAAGAAGGAAAGGCCACAGCACAGGGUGGGGAGGGUAAUGUGUUGAUUGAUGGUGGGUACUUAGUAGUCUAGAAGGAAUUGUUAGAGUCUGCCCCUCCCCUGCUUCCUUCUCCGAUAAGCCACUUGGAUUCUGUCCCAAAGAGAAAUUGGGUAUCUCACCAUUUCUGGUCUGUGAUGUAGGACUCACACAAGCCCUGAGCAUGCCCAGGGGUAUCUCCAGCCUCUUUCGAAAGCAGCAGAAAAACAAGCUCUAUAUGCAAAGCAGGCCAAAAAGCGAAUCCUAGUAGAACACCCACCAGUAAUGGCUGGACUUCCUUGUUGGCCCAGGAUCCUUUCCCUUGAGUUUUUAACGCAGAUUGAAAAGAUUAGGCUAAGUCACAAUAUAAACAUGUUUUAAAGUUUUGUCAGGUUUAUUUUACAUAUAUGAAUGUUUUACCUAGAUGCAUGGAUCUUACACCAUGUAUGUGCCUGGUGCUCACACAAGUCAGGAAAGGAUCAGCGCCCCUGGAACCUGAGUUAGAGAUGGCUGUGAGCCACUGUGUGGGUGCUGGAGACCAAACCGUGGUCUGGAAGAGCAGCAGUGCUCGUAACUGCUAGUCUGUUUCUCCAGCCCACACAAUAUAAAUAACUUUAAAAAAGUUACCAUGCAAAGUACUCAUUAUGACAUUCAUACAUGGCAUAAUUUUUGAAAGAAGUCUUUGGGGGCUGGUGAGAAGGCUCAGCAGGUAAAGGCACCUGCCAGCAAUCCUGAUGACCUAAGUUUGAUCCCCAGACACCACAUGAAUGACAGAUCAGUUCGAGAGUGUUCCCGUGCACAUAGACAAUAAUUAAAUGCUUUUGAAAAUUAGAAAAAUGUUUUGUUAAGAUUAAGAGUUAAGUUCUGAGUGACAAAUUAGAGCAAGUUCUGAAUGAAAUAGCAUUAUAAAAUCUGUUACUGGGCCUUCAAGAUGGUACAGCAUGUAAAGGCACGUGUACAAACCCAAGGACUUGAAUUCAAUCUCUGGGUCUCAUGGUGGGAGAGAACAGGCUUCUGAAAGUUGUCCUUUGACCUCAACAGGUAUACCCUAGCCCCUGACAAUUAUUUCGAAUUCUAACUAUAAAAAUGUUAAGCAGGGCAGGGCUGUGGAGUCACACACCUGUAAUCCCAGCACUAGGGAGGCAGAGGCAGGCAGAUCUCUGAGUUCAAGGUCCUCCUGGUCUACAGAAUGAGCUCCAGGACAGCCAAGGCUACACAGCAUUCGUAUGUGCAUCCAUCCUGUUUUGUCUAGAAGACACUUCUCUUUGGAGCUAUCCACUACCUCUGGCUCUUACAGUCUUUCUGCCUCCUCAUCCACAUAGAUCCCAGAACCUCCAGGGGAGGGCUUUGAUGAAGGGUGCUUGUCUAACAUGCUUAGGGGCCUAGGUUCAGUCUCCAGGACUAUAUAAAACAGGGCAAGGUGGCGCAUGCUUGUAAUAUAUAUUUAGCCCCUACCUUUCAAGUGACCCCAAGACAUAACAUGUGGAAACCCCAUUGGGUCCUGCCAGAAUUCCACGUGGCAAACUUGACAGAAAUGUUUAUAUCAAAACUGAAAGGAUGAAGAGAUGGCUCAGCCAUUAAGAGCACUGUCCGCUCUCCCAGAGGUCCUCCUGAGUUCAAUUCCCAGCAACCACAUAGUGGCUCACAACCAUCUAGACUGAAAUCUAAUGCCCUCUUCUGCCCCUCUUCUGGGAUGAAGACGUACACGCAGAUAGAGCAUAUAAAUAAAAUCUUUUUA